UUCACGAUUUUCUCACUCACUGUUUUUUUCCUCGGUCCUUGGUGGAAAUCUGCGCUCCAUCGUUCAAUAAUGAUUAUAAGCAAAUAAUCAGCAAAUUAAUUGUGUUUGGCUGCUUCUCCGAGGUCUACAGACCACCCCUAGACCUACCUGCGCCGUAAUAACCUUCAUCGGUUCAGCUGGAGAGAUUUUCACCGCCGAGAACGGGAACGUGCGCGCAGGAUAAAAAUAGACCUUCAACCCGAGACGGCAGCUGCAGCAGCCAUGAACAAGGAAGCGGCCGAGGACUGCGUGGAGAAGGCGGUCUCCUACCUGUCCGAGGGAAAGAUCGAAAAGGCGGAAAAGCUGCUGACCAAAUCGAUCACUUUGCACCCGACGAAACGAGCUGAAGAGCUGCUGGAAAAGAUCAAGUGUGGAGUGUACACCAAGCGGGCUUCGUCCGGAAACACCUCCGACGAUGGCGUCCGGCAGAGGGCAACGGCUGGCCAGAGUGCAAAACCGGAACCGGCAGCCGAGCCGGAGUACUCUCCCGAACAGUUGGAUGCCGUGAAGCGGAUUAAAAAGUGCAAGGAUUACUACGAGGUGCUGGGCGUAACCAAGGAGGCCACCGACACGGACAUCAAGAAGGCCUACAAGAAGUUGGCGCUGCAGCUGCACCCGGACAAGAACAAGGCACCUGGCUCGGUGGAGGCUUUCAAGGCCAUCGGCAACGCGGUUGCCAUCCUGACCGACGCCGAAAAGCGUAAGUCGUACGACCUGUACGGAGCGGACGAGCAGCACCAUCCGGCGGCGCACACGGCCAGGCGGUCACAUGCCCGGUACGAAUAUGCGUACUCGCGUGGGUUCGAGACGGAAUUCACCGCCGAGGAGCUGUUUAACAUGUUCUUCGGAGGGAAUAUUCCCACUCAGCAUGUUUACACCCGGCAGCGUCGCUUCCAUCGGGCGGAGCAGCAGCAGUAUCGGGAGCCGCAAUCUGGAUACGCAGCGUUUAUUAAUCUGUUGCCGAUCAUUUUGCUGAUCGGUCUUUCCAUGAUGUCUUCGUUCUUCAUUUCGGAUCCAAUCUACAGUCUGACGCCUAGCCAAAAAUUCUCCGUCGCCCGCAAGACCAACCAGCUGAAGAUCCCGUACUACGUCAAGGACAACUUCCACUCGGAGUACCAGGGCUCGGUCGGUAGGCUGGAGGCAUCCGUCGAGGAAGAAUAUCUAAACAACCUGAAACACUCGUGCUACCGGGAGCGCAACUACAAGGAAACCAUGCUGAUGAAGGCGCGCAACUUUGGCGAUCGAGAUCUGUACUUUAAGGCGCAGAACAUAAACACGCCUUCGUGCGACAAGCUGCACAGCUUACACAACUAGUCAAAUCUUUAAAAAGUAAAACAAAAAAGACGUCGUCGGUAAUAGUUUUUAUCGCAACUUAUGCAUAUUUGUUGAAAAAAAAUACACACGAUUGAGAUUCCACAGUGCCGCCUCCCCCUCUCGGAACGGGAAUCGAAUUUAAGCAGUAGCAGAACAAAAAAAAAGGGUUUGUGAGUGCUGUGUGUUAGUGAAUGAUCCUUUCUUGAAUCUUCCUCGUCACAUCAGCUCCUGUUUUUCACGGUUCUGGCACCAAGGGUUUUUUGUUUAUUUUUUGAUUGCAUGCAUGAUAGCAAAGGUCGUCGUUAAUAAGUUUGGUUUCUAGUCUACAUG